AUGGUACUCAAGACUCGUUCCAGUGCUAGAGCACUGUCAGGUACAAAGCAGAGCUCCGGAUCGCGAGCUGUACGGGGCAAGAAGUCGAAGGCCUUGGGAUUGUGCAACAGUCCAACUAAGAAACCAACUAGGAAAUCAAAUCGAUCUACCAGUAAUAAUUCCAAGGAUACAAGAUCUUCUCGUCUUGAGAAUCAUACGACUCAGGUAGAGAGUGAUAGUGAAGAUGACUUGCCGGACGAUGAGGACAUUUACAAGGCAUUGACAUCCGACACUGACGAAUCCGACACUGGCGAUUUGGACUCCGACAAUGAGGUUCUUGAAGCUCUUGCGAAGCGACCCACCAGAGCUCGCAGAGCUAAUAUGAAACGAGCUGGCCUAUUUAGAUUUGAGAAGAUUCCUGAGGAUCAGGACGACUUGAUAGCUGAUGAUGAGGAGGAACGACAUAUUAGUGAUAAUCAGGGUAACUUGUUGGGGGAUAAUCAUGAGGAACCAUUGGAAAAUGAUGAACAACUUGGGCUUGGAAUCGAAGAGGAACCAGAAGAAUGGAAGGGGAUUGGUGAAGAUGAGACUGAGGGUGACUGA